UCUCGAGAAAAAAAAGAGAGAACGAAAACCAAACACGAUUCAGUGGGUAAAGAUGUUUGCUGCCAAGUCUGAUGGCCGGAUCUGAUCAGCAAGACCCACAGGAGAGAAGAAAUCUCCAAAAACUGUCCGAGUGUGGGGAGUGUACUUUUCCCCCAACAAACACAAGAUAUAAAUACAUGUGCUUUUUCUUCCUUCUUUUUAAGUUUGUGAUUCAAUAAUGUUGACCGGGCUGGAGAACAGGAGAUCUAUCCUACAGAUUUCUACCAGAUGUGCCUGCCUCACUUACCCCCAGGCUGCACACAGUGUUGUACUGGCCACAGACUGCUCUGGGAGCUUCAGUCUGAGCAGUGGAAGGCAUCACCCAACUCUGCCCUGCGUGGCACAGCAAACCUAGGCAGCGGCCCAGCUCCUCCUCCUGUGGACACCCGGACCGGCAGGAGGAACGAGAGCGGGGCUGGCUGGGAUGUCUCCUUACCCUCGCACAGCACAGUGGUAACUUCCAUCGGGAUGGAGUGUGUGCAGACGCUGUGGCUCAGCCUGGCCCUGGCGCUGGCGCGAGGGUCCUGGGUGGUGCGCGGUCACCCUCAGCCCUGCGGGGUUCCCACGCGCGCCGGGGCCUCCGUGCGCCUGGCUGCGCUCCUACCCCGGGCGCCCGCCGCCCGCGCCCGCGUCCUAGCCGCCCUGGCCACCCCUUCCCCGCGGCUGCCGCACAACCUGAGUCUGGAGCUAGUGGCCGUCGCGUCCCCAACCCGGGACCCCGCGUCGCUGGCCCGAGGUCUGUGCCAGGUUCUGGCACCGCCCGGCGUGGUGGCCUCUAUAACCUUUCCCGAGGCGCGGCCUGAGCUACGGCUAUUGCAGUUCCUGGCAGCUGCCACAGAGACCCCGGUGCUGAGCGUCCUACGGAGGGAGGUGCGCGCGCCCCUCGGAGCUCCGACCCCGUUCCACCUGCAGCUGGACUGGGCUAGUCCCCUGGAGACCAUCCUGGAUGUGCUGGUGUCCCUGGUACGGGCACACGCCUGGGAGGACAUUGCUCUAGUGCUCUGUCGUGUCCGGGACCCCAGUGGCCUGGUGACACUCUGGACCAGCCGUGCUAGCCAGGCUCCAAAGUUUGUGCUGGACCUGAGCCAGUUGGACAGCGGGAAUGACAGCCUUCGGGCUACACUGGCCCUGCUGGGGACGCUGGAAGGAGGGGGAACCCCCGUGUCUGCAGCCGUCCUCCUGGGCUGCAGCACUGCCCAUGCACAUGAGGUCCUAGAGGCAGCACCACCGGGUCCCCAGUGGCUGCUGGGCACACCACUGCCCGCCGAGGCACUGCCCAAAACCGGUCUGCCCCCUGGGGUGUUGGUGCUGGGGGAAACCGGGCAGCCUUCCCUGGAAGCUGCCGUCCACGACAUGGUGGAGCUUGUGGCUCGGGCACUCAGCAGCAUGGCCCUCAUGCACCCAGAGCGGGCCCUGCUUCCAGCGGCAGUAAAUUGUGAGGACCUGAAAACGGGCGGCUCUGAGUCAACAGCACGCACCUUGGCUAGGUUUCUGAGCAACACCUCAUUUCAGGGCCGCACAGGGGCUGUGUGGGUGGCAGGCUCCUCUCAGGUGCAUGUGUCUCGGCAUUUCAAGGUAUGGAGCUUACGCAGGGACCCGCUGGGUGCCCCAGCCUGGGCAACAGUAGGCAGCUGGCAGGAUGGACAGCUGGACUUCCAGCCAGGGGCGGCUGCUCUCCGAGUUCCAUCUCCAUCUGGCACCCAGGCCCGGCCAAAGCUGCGAGUGGUAACUCUGGUGGAACACCCAUUUGUGUUCACCAGGGAAUCUGAUGAAGAUGGGCAGUGCCCGGCUGGGCAGCUGUGUCUAGACCCAGGCACCAAUGACUCGGCCAGGCUGGAUGCGCUCUUCACUGCAUUGGAGAAUGGCUCCGUGCCUCGCACCCUGAGAAGAUGCUGUUAUGGCUACUGCAUUGACCUGCUGGAGCGGCUGGCCGAGGACCUGGCCUUUGACUUUGAGCUCUAUAUUGUGGGGGAUGGCAAGUACGGGGCCCUGCGUGAUGGACGCUGGACAGGCCUGGUGGGUGACCUGCUGGCCGGUCGGGCACACAUGGCCGUGACCAGCUUCAGUAUCAACUCGGCUCGCUCCCAGGUGGUGGAUUUCACCAGCCCUUUCUUCUCCACCAGCCUGGGCAUCAUGGUGCGCACGCGAGAUACAGCCUCACCCAUUGGGGCUUUCAUGUGGCCCCUGCACUGGUCCAUGUGGGUGGGUGUGUUUGCUGCCCUGCACCUCACAGCGCUCUUCCUUACUCUGUACGAAUGGCGGAGUCCCUACGGGCUCACGCCACGCGGCCGCAACCGUGGUACCGUCUUCUCCUACUCCUCCGCUCUCAACCUCUGCUACGCCAUUCUCUUCGGACGCACUGUCUCCAGUAAGACACCCAAGUGUCCUACCGGACGCUUCCUCAUGAAUCUCUGGGCAAUCUUCUGCCUGCUGGUGCUAUCCAGUUACACAGCCAACCUGGCAGCUGUCAUGGUCGGGGACAAGACAUUUGAGGAGCUGUCUGGAAUCCAUGAUCCCAAGCUGCACCACCCUUCCCAAGGCUUCCGCUUUGGCACCGUGUGGGAGAGCAGCGCGGAGGCCUACAUCAAGGCGAGCUUCCCCGAGAUGCACGCACACAUGCGUCGCCACAGCGCACCUACCACUCCACACGGAGUGGCCAUGCUCACGAGCGACCCGCCCAAGCUCAACGCCUUCAUCAUGGAUAAAUCACUACUGGAUUAUGAGGUGUCCAUAGAUGCGGACUGCAAGCUGCUCACCGUGGGCAAACCCUUUGCGAUCGAGGGCUACGGCAUAGGGCUGCCCCAAAAUUCGCCGCUCACCUCCAACCUGUCAGAGUUCAUCAGUAGGUACAAGUCCUCAGGCUUCAUUGAUCUGCUCCAUGACAAGUGGUACAAGAUGGUGCCUUGCGGGAAGCGGGUGUUCGCCGUGACGGAGACGCUGCAGAUGGGGGUCUACCACUUGUCAGGGUUGUUUGUCCUGCUGUGCCUCGGGCUGGGCAGUGCACUUCUCACCUCGCUGGGUGAGCACGUCUUCUACCGCCUGGUGCUGCCGCGCAUCCGCAGGGGCAAUAAGCUGCAGUAUUGGCUUCACACGAGCCAGGUGAGGAGGCAAGACAAGGUAGGGCGGGGUGGAGGGCACCUCAGGAGCCUACCCAAACACCUGUCUGUGCCCCUAGAAGAUCCACCGAGCCCUCAACACAGGGCCACCAGAGGGGCAACAGGAGAGGGCAGAGCAGGAGUGCAGGUAACCACGGGGCGGGGCGGGGCGGGGCAGAGCGGGGUCCCAGGCUUAGCGAGCAGACAGGCAGUACUGCCUCCUCCUCUCCGUCCUAGCGGCCCCAAGGAGGAGCAACCUGCAGCCGACGGUGCGGGGCGCUGGAGGCGGGUGCGCCGGGCCGUGGUGGAACGGGAACGGCGCGUGCGUUUCCUGCUGGAACCUGGGGAGGCUGGCGGGGACCAUCCGUGGCUCUGCUCCAAUGGGCCCGGGGUGCAAGCAGAACUGCGGGAGCUGGAGCUGCGCAUUGAGGCUGCACGGGAGCGGCUGCGUAGUGCGCUGCUGCGGCGAGGGGAACUGCGGGCCCAGCUUGGGGAUGGCACCCGGCUCAGGCCACUGCGCCUGCUGCAUGCGGCGCCCGCCGAGAGCUGAGGAACUACACGGCCACACUGUCCACGACAGUUUAUUCUAUAUACAAACACGACUCUGUACACUGCAAUUAAAUAGCGUGGAACGUG